AGUGUUUGUUUUGUCAUGGCUAAAAAUCUGACGUUCGCUGUAAUAUGCUUUUGGAACCGUUGAGCCCCAGAAACCAGUAUUGGGAAGGUACGAGCCCACGACGUUGCCGUCGCUGCUGCCCAAUGGGCAUUUUCUUUUCUUCUUUUCGUGAAGAGCAGCUGAUGCUUUGGGAAGCCCAUGACGAAGCCGCCCUGACUGCCCAAUGGCCUUCGCUCUAAUAAAGAAGACUCCUCACUCCAGCAGCGAUCAGCCACUCCACUCCAGAUCGAAGGAAGCUUUGUUCUCAUAAGAAGAAAAGUUGCGUGAGCUAGCCAUGGCCUUCGCCGACACAGCAGCACGGAGGCUCCUGCGCGGCGCAGGUGGCGGUGUGGCUCGAGGAAUCGCCGCCGACGCCGUCGGCAUGAGCUUCGCCCUUGACGGAUUGUGGCAGAUCAUCGCGGGCCUGUUCGCGAGCGCGGCUCACCUGCUCGUCCUGCCGUUCGAGGUGCUCGGGCACUUGCUCGCCGCCGCGGCUCACCUGCUCGUCCUGCCUUUCGAGGCGCUCUGGCACUUGCUGCAGUCCGUCAUCGCCGGCGUUAGCUUUUGUUUCGACAGCCUCUUCGCCACGCUCGGGAGCGCGGCCCACGCUCUGGUGGUGCCGUUCGAGGCGCUCUGGCACUUGCUGCAGUCCGCUGCCGCGGGCGUUACCUUAUGCUUCGGAAACCUCGUUGCGGCGAUCGGGAGCGUGCCCCAUGCUCUGGCGGUGCCGUUCGUGGCGCUCUGGCACUUGCUGCAGUCCGCCGCCGCGGGUAUCGGCUUCUGCUUCGGCAACCUCGUCGCCGCGCUCGGUAGCGCAGCCCCCGCUCUAGUGGUGCCGUUCGAAGCGCUGUGGCAGUGGCUCCAGGCCGCCCCCGCAGCCAUCAGUUUCGGCUUCCACGGUCUGGGGCAGCUCAUACAUGGCUGCAUCGACGGCCUCGCCGCCGCGCUCGGGAGCGCGGCCCACGCUCUGGCGGUGCCGUUUGAAUCGCUCUGGCAGUGGCUCCAGGCCGCGGCCGCCGGCGUCAGUUCCAACUUCGACGGCUUCUGGGAGCACAUGCAGGGCCUCUUCGCCAACCUUCCCGCCGCGCUCGCCAGCGCUGCCCACAACCUCGUCCUGCCGUUACAGGCCUUCUGGCGGUGGAUACAGAACACCGUCGCCGGCGGCUGGGAUGGCUUUUGGCCGCUCAUCCAGCGCUUCGUCGCCACGGCCGCGAGCACGGCCCACGAGCUUGUCCCGGCCGUGGAGGCGUUGUGGCGGUGGCUCAAGGACGCCGCCGCCGUCGCGCUCCCCGUCGUGCUGGCCAUCGCCGCGGUCGUUUGCGUCGCGGCCCUAGUCUGGUUCUGGUGGCGGGUCCUCGGCGUCGCGGCCUUCGUGGCCGGCGUGCUGGUCGCGCAAGCGCUCGUGCUGGCCGGAGUGCUGGUCGCACAAGCGCUCGUCUUGGUCAUCUGCAUCUGCGGGCGCUGCUUGUUCGUCGUCGCCAUGGGGGUCGGGGGUGCGCUCGCCUACCUACUCCCCAUCUGUGGGCAGUACUGCGCCAGCGUUACCAUGGCUGCACCAGAGGUCGCCGGCGUGCUGAUAUCACGCGCCGCGUUCAAGGCGGAACCGCGGAUGUACUUCCAGAUCCUCCAUUUGGCUGGCCCCCUCGUGGCCUCUGCUGUCUUCUCCACGAGCCCCCUCCCCUGGGCGGUCGGACUGUCGGUCGUCGCCCUUUUCAGCCGUGGAUUUUCAGGCGGCAAAGAGCCGAUGCCGAGGUGCAAAACCUUGUCGACGACUCCUGAGGAAGAUCAGAUCUGGGUUCACGAGGAUGAUCAGAUGUGGACUCCUGCAGAAGAUCAGCCUAUUAUCAUAGUAGAAUAACUUUUAUCCAUCGAGGGACGCCGUCGGAUCCAACUUUUGUCUCCGUUCCACAGGUGUGUCUUGUAGUAAAACCUCCUUUCUCCAUUUGCACUAGAGGACCAAUGUAUGCCCCUUUCGAUGUAAUUUUGUGCGUACUUUAAUUUGUCUUGCUUGGCUGCUUGAUGUAUGUUUUCCAAAUCCAAUUUCCACGGAUCA